GGAUGGUCACCAUGUGGAUGGACUCAGAUCUAACCAUUUCAGGAAGAGAGAUGGCGAAAAAGCUAGGGAAUUCUAUAUCCGGAACACCCGGGGCUUUGCUCACGCUACCGGGGGGGUCAGUAGGUGGCGGAUCACUGGACGGCCCCAGGGGGGUUCAAUGAGUCCCACUAGGGUCAGCUGCGAAUAAGCGUCUCAUCGUAAAAAAGCAGUCCCCGACCAUGAGCUCAAUCAUGGGUCAUGCGGUCUAACAAAGGAUCGUAUACCCCAAGUGGUACCCGACUAAACGUCGGCAAUCCACCUCCAGAAACUUCUGGAGCUGAGGCGCGGAUUUUGGGGGCCUCAACUUCAUGCCCAAAUAAAGCCCUAGAGGCAACGCAAAUCACGGAGGCUUCGCAGAGGCCUCCUUCACCUGCAGAGAGUGAGCUAAGUAGUCUCAUGGACACUCUCGACAUAACACCACAAAAAAACACCAGACCUAAGUUAAGUGGUGCGUGUAAAAAACGCAUCAAGAAGCUUAGACAAAGCGGAAUGUCCUAUUCCGAGGCGCUAAAGCAAGCACUCGCAAAAGGCACGAAUCAAACCGCAUCAGGUUCAAAACGGCAAAGAUCCGAUGGGAGUACCCCGGAUCAACCCACAAAACAGAUGAAAGGCAACACAGGCCAUUCAUCCAAUUAUCCGACUUUUAGGGAUGCUCUGUCAACCAUCCGCAUUGCGGUUCUGGAUGCUGCAUUCCCUGAGGUCGUGCUCACAAGUUCUCAGCUAGAUAGUGUUAAGAAGGCCAUCAAUGAGGCCAUCUUUUCCACUGAGCACUCCACUCCGCCAAACUUCAAUGGCUGUCUUUACAGAGGGGGGUAUUUAGUCCUGCUCUGCUUAGACCAAGCUUCUGCUAAUUGGCUACUACAAACUGCACCCACUCUAAGACCUUGGGUAGGUGCCACACUUAGGGCGGUAGAUGAGAAGGAGGUACCGAGGGGUAAACUCAUCGAAGGCCUCUUUCCCGACGCUGCGAAGAUCUCGACUGAGGGACUUCUUAAGCUCAUCACUUCUCAAAACCCCACAUGUCGUGUUCCCCUGUGGAGAAUUCUCGAGAGGAGGAACAUUGGUCAUGCCGCGAAACUGGUAGUGUCAGUUGAUCAUACUACCUACCGAGCCUUACAGGCCAAAGGUCUGAAAGUGAGUUUCGGCAUUGAGCAGGUGGCAUUUAGGCCGAGAUCGUCCUACAGAAAACCACCGUCACGCAAACGUGAUACUGGUCAACCUGGCCCAGGCAAUGCCACGGGACAACCUGCCAGUAAACACGGAAAGAAGACUGAAUCCAAAAAGAGGAACGUGGAGACCUCUGAGAAUCCGCAAAGGAACAAGGCACAAUCCACAUCUGCCAAAAAAGGGCCCAAUCUGGGGCCUGAGGAGCGGCAGAAACCCACACCCGUGCCUACUUCCAAUCCUAAAGAUUCAACUUCAACCCCAGCUGGCCCUUCCGGAAAGAGUAAAGCAGUGACCCAAAAACCCGUGGCCAAAACUAAGUCUAAGGCUAAGGUUGGGAAACCAGGUGCUGGAGCCUCUGAUUCCAAAACCAGCUCUUCUCUUCCCGUUUCUGGUUCUCGGGGCGCCAACUUGGUCCUCCCAGGCCCAAAUCCGGACCCUACACACCAUUACCAGGCUCCCCUGGGCUUGGGCCCAACGGGCUCGAGCUCCAAUUAUGGAGAUGAAGGACAGCACCACCAUUAG